AAGUAAAACCAAAAGCACAAAACAUUGCAUGUUAAGAUUCACACAUUACACGAUUUGGGUUGUGUUGUGUUGUGCCUGCCCUGUCCGUGGCAUUUUCGUCUUUCUGUAAUUUGUUCUUCCCUCUCACACUGUUAUUCUUUCUUUCUCUUACUUUCUUAUGAAUCAGUCUCAUCUCAUCCCCAACAACCACACAUGCAACACCAUCAGAUGAUGUUGAGUGAAUGCUACUACCCUUUAAGGUUUUUGACUUCAUAGCUGGCGAAUUUCUUGCACUUUGCUUGGUUUUUGUCUCUUGACUGCUUGUGUUCUUCGGUUGGGAUGAAAGAUGAUGAAGACUUCGGUUUGAUUUUACAAUAAUAGGAUAUUGGUAUUCAGUGAAGUUAACAUUUGAGAUACAGAACAAGAGAAAAGAAAAUUUGGUGUAACUUUUCUGAUUUGUUGGCCUGGGAUUGUAGAGGAGUUUGGUUGAAAUCUGAUCAGGGUUAUUGUUUACUGAUUUUCGAUGGAUUCAAUUCAAAAUAAAGUUUAUUACUGCUGUGUUUCUAAGGGUAACAAUGUCCUGUAUGUGUAUGGUGGUGGAGACCAAGAAGUUGAGAAAGUUGCAGUCUUGUGCUUGGAGAGGGCUCCUCCUUUCCACAGGUGGUAUUUUGAGACAAUAGGUAAAAGAACUUUUGGGUUUUUUAUGGAAGAUGGGUAUGUUUACUUCACAAUUGUUGAUAAAGGUCUUGGUAACCCGGUUGUUCUUUGGUUUCUGGAGCAUGUUCGAGAUGAAUUUAAAAAGCUAGCUAGAAAAGGUUCAAGAGGAAUUUUGCCAAACAUGAAUUCAAUUUACAUUCAGGAAAAACUGGUUCCUGUCAUUCGUGGUCUGAUCACUUCAUUGGAGAGUGUUUCACAUGGUGGUAGUAAUUGGAGAGAUGAAACUUCCUUGUCUUUUCAAGUGGAUCUGUCUCCAUCACCAAGUAAUUUGAAUGGACAAAUUGAAGGUGCUAGUUCAACAAAAGCCCCAUUAUUGGGAAAAUCUAACAAGCCAGAUAAGAAGAAAGUAAAAGAUCAUGUCAUUGCUAUGAGAGAUGUUGAGUUGGAGGAGCAUCAGAAAUCUACAGAUAGAGGAGCAAGGGUUGAUUCAUGCAAUCUGGAUGGUGUAAGCCAAGGUGGUGCUGGUGCAUCAGUCUCUUUGCAAAAGGAUAUGGGUUCAAUGAGGAUGAGAUCAGCCCCUCAAAACAUUCGUAAGAAAUGGUGGCGCCAAGUACGCAUUGUUCUAGCUAUUGAUGCAGCUGUGUGUAUAUUACUAUUUAUCAUCUGGUUAGUAAUAUGUCAUGGUAUAUCCUGCAUUCGAUAGAAUUCAAACUUCUUGUGUGACUCUGAAAUUGAAUCACUAUCAUAUUUGGAACUUGAGAUUUUCCAUGCAUGAUCUGAUCAGCAACAGAAAUUGGUUUCUUUGAUGGGGCAUGUAAAUGGAAGUUACAUACUGGUCAUGUUGAUUAGAUCUUUAGUGCUAUUUGCAGGCACGUGCUUCUUGUCACCCAUAUAUAGGCAUUUUACUUUAUAAAGUCUACUGUACAGUUUCAUUACUUUUAGACAUCUGUACUUGUAUAUGAAUUUUGGGAAGAUUUUAAAGGUUCUUGAUUGGCCUGUUUCUAUAGAUUUUUUUCUAAAUAGAUAAUUAUUUUCUAA